AUGGCACCAGCGCUCGCUUCCUCAGCCUCGCAAAUCUCACACUUCUCCCCAGCCGAGCUCUCCUACCUCCAUACCUCCCUCUCAUACCAAAACAACCCCAUUCGACCCGAUGGCCGCUCUGCCACGCAAUUCAGACCUCUCACCGCCGAAACGGACAUCCUGCCCAACACCAACGGCAGCGCACGGAUCGGAUUUGCCGAUGGAACGCAGGCGAUCGUGGGCGUGAAGGCAGAGAUCGAGAAGACGGUGAAUACCGGGAUUCUAGGGGAGCGGGACGGGGAAGGGAUCGGCGAGGGAGAGGGUGGCGGUAUGGAGGACGAGGAGGAUACUGGCGGUGAAGGUGGGAGGAGGCAGAGAGGUGCUGGUGGUCGUGGUGCGGGCCAGAGUUCAUGGGUCGAGAUGUCGAUCGAAAUCCCGGGGUUGAGGGACGAUGAUGCGUUACCGGUGUUUUUGGCGGAGAUGAUGAGAGAGGCGCUUGUGGGAUCUGGGUCGGGGAGUAAGGAGGAUAAAUAUGGGAUGCCGGAAGGUCUGAAGGGGAGAUUGGUUAUUAACCAGGGAUGGCAUUGGAGGAUAUAUAUCGAUAUCUUGCUGCUCUCUCCACCCCUAUCCUAUCCUCUCCCGCUCCUCUCGCUGACAACCCAUCUCGCCCUUCUCUCCACAAAACUACCCAAACUCAUCUCAAAAGAUGAAGAGGACCCCAUGUUCGACGACGACUGGGCUCUCGCAGAGUAUCUCUACCCUCGAACCGUUCUCAACCCGGCAAUUUCCCUCCGCCAACCCUUUCGGCCACCCAUAACGCUCCUCGUCAUCGCCGUCGGCGAAAACAUCAUCUUCGAUCCAAGCAGGGAAGAAAUCGCCGUCGCGGAUGCCGUGUUUUGCGUCUCCAUCGGCCGCGACGAGCAAAUAUCAAAGGACAAACAGGACCAGAAUGCGAGUAACCUGAAGCUCCUGGCAAUCCGCACCAUCGAUCCGCCGUCCCGGCUAACCAACUCGGGACUAUCUAAUUCGGAGAAUGCAGUCAACAUUGGAGUCAGCGCAGGUGACGACUCCGUUGAGCAGCCGCCCGUGACGAGUGACUCUGUUCAGGGAGUGUGGAAACCUAGACAGGGUGGAGUGAAGAGGGGGCUCAUCUCGAAAAUUGUAAAGUUGGUGCUGCAAAGGGGCGGCGUUGGCGAUGAGGUCAUGCAAGGAUUGGAGGGAGUGGAAGUGGGAUAA